CGUCUUUCUCUUGAUCACCUGAUAUCCUUUCUUAUACCAUAGCAUCAACCUCUCCAGCUCCACCACUCUCAUCAUACCAUGCUCAGCAAAGACAGCUUCGACUCACUCCUCGAGGCCGUGGACACUUUCAUCAUCGAUGGCGCCUUGGCUACCGAACUAGAAGCUCGUGGCCAUGACUUGAACCAUCCAUUAUGGUCGGCCAAACUGCUCCAGGAGGAUCCCACAAGCAUCGAAAAUGUCCACUACGACUACUUCGCGGCGGGAGCAUAUAUUGCCAUUACCGCCAGCUAUCAAGCUGCUACCGCCGGCCUCACCAAACAUCUCGAUAUCAGCGAAGCCGAUGGGAAACAGCUCAUCCAACGCAGCGUCGAAGUCGCACAGCAAGCUCGUACCAAGGCCUAUAGCACUGUUGUGGGCCGCAAUCGGCCAUUGCUCGUUGCAGGCAGCGUGGGACCAUAUGGUGCCUACUUGUCGGACGGAUCGGAGUAUACGGGACAAUACCAAUUGACCAUGGAGCAAUUCAUGGACUUCCACCGACCCCGAAUCGCAGCACUCAUCGAUGCCGGCGUCGAUCUCCUUGCACUCGAGACAAUCCCCAACAUGAACGAGAUCCAGGCCCUACUGAAGUUACUCGCCACAGAAUUCCCCACAGCCACUGCAUGGCUCAGCUGCACCCUCCAAGACACCGAACAUCUCGCCGACGGAACAACCUGGCAAGAAGUUCUCAAAACUGUCCAGGAGCACGAAACCCAAAUUCUAGCCUUUGGAAUCAACUGCGUCCCCGCAGUCUCCGUCACUGCGACUCUCAGCAAAAUUCACCCACUCACCACACUGCCUUUGAUCGCAUAUCCCAACUCGGGCGAGACUUGGGACGCCGUGAGCAAGACUUGGCAUGGCACUCGUGCGGAAGAUAUUCUUCAUCACCACCACACUCACGCUGUGCAUACGGAAAAAGAAGAAGAAGAAGAAGAGCGCGAUGCUGCCCUCAAGAAUUUGUCGACUGAACUUGAGGAAUGGAGUGUACAUGGUGCGAGAUUAAUCGGGGGUUGUUGUCGAACUGGUCCGAGUUAUGUACGAGCUGUGAGAAAUUAUUUUGAGCGGAGAAGAUGAUGAAAGAUGAAAGAUGAAAGAGUGAGAGGAAUCUGUUUUUCCCAGCUAUAUAUAUGUACAAAACUGAAGAGAGAAAAAAAAUCUUAUGGAUGUGGAAAAUAGAGAGAUACUCUUCUGUGAUUUUCAUGUGAGCUAGUGAUAAUACCAG